AUAACAUCUGCCAUCCCCACCCGUCGAAGACCAUCUGUCAUGUCGCUUCCAGCGGGAUCUUCCUCCAACCUCCGUCGGCGAGAGAUUGAGGACGAUGGCGAGGGAAAUCCGUACGAGGACGGUCCGAUUGAGAUCUUGCCCGGUAUCUGGCUCGGUGCCGAAGAGAAUGCUGUCGCGUGGGAUGUUCUUUCCGGGAACAAGAUUGGUGCUAUCCUGAACGUCGCCAAAGAGGUCAUGUUGCCGCUCGACACGGAAACUCCUUCGAGGACGGAUGGGAAUGUAAAGUAUUUCAACGCGGACCCAUCGUGUGGGAGACCGGAGAUUGCUUAUUUGCACCUGAUGUGGUCACACGGGCAGUCAGAUCUAGUAAAGGAUGGGUUUCCUGAGGGUCUCGGAUUUGUUGACCAGUCGCUGUCCAGGGGAACAGGUGUUCUGAUACAUUGUCAGUGCGGGAUAUCGCGCUCUGCCACUGUAGCGAUUGCAUACGUCAUGCGAGCAGCCUAUGCGCCUGAUGCCCCUCCACAUCUCGUGGCGCUGAAGAGGGACGGGGUGCAAGGCUCAUACCAGUUCGUAAAGGCGAAGAGCAGUCUUGUAGGGCCAAAUAUGUCGCUUAUGUACGAGCUUUUGGAAUACCAGCGGAGUUUAGAAUCCCCUUCAACUGAGAGCCCUCAACAGUCAGGUGAAGAGGAAUGGCUAAAAAAACGACAAGCAAUGGACGAAGAGGAGGACGUCGAGUCCCAAAGCAAUUCCCCCAGUCUGCAAAUGGGGAUCGAGAGAGCCGAGGCGCAGGAACUCGACCAGCGGAUGAUCAUUCGUCGGAAUCAAUCACGCACGUCACUUGCUUCAACGACA